UUUUAUUUUUGUGUGAAUAUUUUUUCUUUCCCAUUGGUUCUUCCGUGUUGAAAUUUUCUUAAUUAAUUAUUAUUUUUUAUUCUAUUCAAAGCAUAUUACGAAAAGCCAACAUUAUUACAGAUAAAAAAACAAAAAACCAAUUGUUUUAUUAUACUCUGUGUGGGAAUUUAUUAAAGAAACAAUAAAAAAAAUAUUUUUCAUUAGACAACAAGUUAAAGUAAAUGUAAAAUGACCAUGGGUGAGAUGCCAACACCGUCACUUGUCUUGCCCGUAAUAUUGAGACCCAUAUUUGCACAGUUGGAGCGACGAGAUGUGGGAGCUGCUCAAUCGCUGCGUUCGGCUAUCUUAAAAACAGAACAAAAUAAUCCAGGAUUUUGUUAUGAUCUUAUCAUGGCCAUUACACGUAGAGCUGAACUGAAUGUCAAUCUAAAUGAAUCCGUUUUAAGAUUACAAGGAAAUUUACCAGAAUCAGAUUUAAAUGAAUAUCGUCUAACCCGUACCGAAGAACCAUUCCAAGAAUUGAAUCGCAAAUCAGUGGCUCUCAAAGUUAUUUUAAGUCGUAUUCCUGAUGAAAUUCAAGAUCGUAAAACAUUUUUGGAAACUAUCAAAGAAAUUGCCAGCGCUAUUAAAAAACUAUUGGAUGUUGUAAAUGAAAUUGGUAAUUUCAUACCCGGCGUCACUGGCAAACAGGCUGUGGAGCAGCGCAAAAAGGAAUUUGUUAAAUAUUCGAAAAAGUUUAGUACAACACUAAAGGAAUACUUCAAAGAAGGACAGCCCAAUGCAGUAUUUAUAAGUGCCCUGUAUUUAAUACGACAAACCAAUCAAAUUAUGCUGACGGUAAAAAGUAAAUGCGAGUAGAAAAUUUAAGUGCUUAAAAUUAGAGGCAUUUUUUAUUUUAUUAUAAACUUCUUUUUCUUUUAAAUUAAAAAUUUUAAUUAAAUACAAUUAUGAUGAAAUAUAUAUAAUUUUAUUAAAUAGAAGAAAAUAAUAAAAUAAAAUGAAAACACAAACAAAAUAAAAAAAUCCUUAAGAACUUUGUAAAAGAAAAAGCUAAAAAAUAACAUAAGCAAGAGAGAGUAGCAAAAAACAUUUAUUUAAACAAAAAAAACCAACACAAAUACAAAGAAAAACAAACAAAUACAAAUUUAAAUUGAAACCAAUAAAAAAUAAACAAAAACUACAGAAAAAAACUUAUUUACAAAUACAAAAAUAUAAAAGAAAAAACUAUUUAUUUUUUAUUUUCUCACUAUAAAAAAACAAUAAAUUUAAAAGAAAAGUUAAACAAAAACAAAUUAUUUAAAAGUUAUUUAACAAUUUUUUAUGUAGUUUUUAGUAUUAUUACUAACAAAAACCAAUAUAUAUUACAAUUUAUUUAUAAAAACGAAAAAAAAAAAAAAACAAAACAAAAAACAUGAAAAAUAUGUAAAUAUUUAAUUAUUGUCUUAAAUUUUGUUGCUCGUUCGUUCAUACAUUUGUUUGUUUAUUUCAAUUAAAUAAUUUUACUUGAUAUAAUGAAGUAGAAAACUAAAGAAAACUCUUAAAUUCAAAAAUUAAUAAUUAAUAAAACAAGAAUUCCCAAAAUUGUAACAAAACAGCAUUAAAAACAAAAAAAUAAACACUAAUUUUAUUGUAUUAAAUGACAAACUGAAAUCAAUUCAAUUAAUAAUUAUUAUAAAAUAGUAAUGAAAUACAAAAUAUAUAUUUCCAUUAUUUUAAUUUUAUGUUUCGAAAAAUCUAAAAACGAGAGAAAGUAAAAAGGAAACAUGUAGUAUAAUGAUACUAAUAUACUUAUGACAAAUAAAUGUAUUUAUAAUCCAUUUUAACUUAAAA